AUGUAAUAAUCAGAAUAAUUGAUUGUGAGAGUAUUUGUGAUAAUUCUGUGCUUAUUGUCAAUGGUAGGCUGCUCUAUCAUUUUAUGGACAUUUUUCAAAACUCCAAGAUUAAGCAAAAACCCUGGAAGUAUUAUUUAAAGAAUGGCCAUUGCAUAAAUUGUAUUGAUAAAGAAUUUUAUUAGAUUAUUACAUUUCUGAUGUUUUUUGCUCAAUUUUACAUUGAAGAUUAAGAUAUUUAAAUUAGUGCUGUGUUUAUAAUAUCUUCUAAUUUUUGCUCAUUUUUAGGUUUUAUUGAGAUAUUCUUCUCCUCUUAAUAUAUACUCUAUAAUGUUUAUUUUCCAAUAAAUUUAUACUGUUCACUCAAAACUUAGAACUAUAAUUUUACUAAAUAUUUUCAAUACAUGGAGAUGUUCUCUUUUGCAUUUUCAAUAAUUUUUACUUUGACAAUGUUUCUCAUAAAUGAUGUUUAAAUAAAGUAUAAAAGAUAAUUAUUUAGCUUUGUUGGAGUUUGUGGUCUAAAAUUAGCAUCAUCAUCAUCAAAAUCUUUGAGUAUUAUUUUAGCAGUCAUAACUAUAAGUGUUUUAAUAUUACUUAUUUUCAUUACCAUUGAAAAAUCAUUAAUCAAAACCACUUUUUAUAAUAAAGAUUCAGAAAAAUUCCAUAAGAAAUAUCAUAAAGAGUUUAAGAUUGUUAAUAUCUUAUAUACUACAGUAUUUAUAGUAACAUAUAUGUUUCCAUCCUGCAUUAUAUUUUGGAGUGAAUUAUAUUCUGGUAAAGAUUAUUAUUAUUAUCUUCCAAUCAUCUAUCCUUUAGGAGGAAUCUUGCUUUUUUUUAUUAGAAUUAAUGAUCCUAUUGUAAAAAAGUACUUAUACAAUAUGCUUAUGGGAAAGAAAAAAACAAAUCAAAGUGGUAAAUUAAAGGAUAAACUUUUACAAAAAUAAAAUGUAUCAAUUUAUUUUUAAUAGUUCGAUGAUAUUGGAUAAAUGAGUAUAGACUCAGGAUUUGAAAUUAGUGUAUGCAACAAUAAUAAUAAACUUAGAUAUACAGUUAAAUAAGUACUUAGUGAAAAAUAAAUAUCAUCAGAAAUCUCAAUCAAUUCUGUUUUUGGAAGUGGAUUUUAAACUAAAUUAAUCAAAAAUAAUUAAGAACUAUUCAUUAUUUUAUUAACUAUUAAAAAUGCUAUUAAUUAAUGUAUUCAAAAUAAUUAAUCAUCCUAUAAAAAUCUGAAACCAUUCAAUUUUACUCAUAUAACUAAAUAUUCAUUAUAUUUGUAGGAUGAUUUUAAAGAAUUAGAUUAAAAAUAUAAGAAUUUUAAUGUAUUAUUAUUAUUGAUUAUAAUAUUAGAAUUUGUGUUUAAAUGAUUAUGUAGAUGAAUUUAAUUAUAAAAGAGUUAUAAAUUGUUACAGUUAUGCAAGCAACACACUUAUUCAUCUUUUUAGCUAGAUGUUAAAUAUUGACAUAAAUCAACUUCGAACUAGUUUAAGAAUAUAAUAAAAUACAAAAAAUAUAUUCAAUACAAAAUUACCGUCAUCUUUUGGACCUAUUUUUUUAACUUAUGAUAAUUAUUUUACUAUAGAAAUAAUUUCAAAAUAACAUAAAUUACUUUUAACAAAAGGUGGAGGAUUAAUGAACAUUUGUAAGCGUUAUUAAACUGAAUAUAUUAAAUCUAAAAAUGGUAAUACUUUAUUGCCUGCUAUAUUUGGAUUGUAUACAAUAUAAAUUGAAGAAGAUAGAUUUAUCAAUAUUGUAUUAAAGUUAAAUUAACUUAAAAUAAAGUAUCCUUUAUCUCUAAAUUUAUUCAAUGUUUCUGAACAAUAAGAUUAAUUAAUUUAAUAAGAUGUUUUUGGUUGGAUAUAAUUAAGCUUAGAGAAAGGGAAAUUUUAAUUAUUUGUUGCAGAAAAGUUAUUUGAUGAUAAAUAUUAAAUUAAAAUUGAGGAUAACGAUUUUAAGUUAUCAUAAAGUGCUGCCAAAGAUUUGUUAAUUAUAUUAAGUAAAGAUAUUGAAGCAUUUUGUUUCUUAAGGAAUAUUACUCUUUCUUUGGUUUAUUUUAAAUUACCAAAUAAUAGACUAGAUUCAAUGUGCAAACAUGAAAAUUCAUUAUCCUAUCAUUAUUAGAUUAUCAAGAAUAGUCAAUAAAUUACUCCAUUGUAAAUUAAUGAGUAUUUUAAAGAUUUAGGAUAAUUUGAAUUAGAUAGUAAAAUAGGUUUUGUUAGAAUUUAUUUUGAUAAUUUUUGGCAGGAAUGGGAAUAUAUUAAUGAAAAUGAAAGAUGUUUUUAUUUUGAUAAGCUAACACAAUAGUUGUCAGAAGUAGUAUGA